GCGUUUCGCCACCCAUAGACAAUAGAGCGUUCUUUGUCCUUUGGUACCACUUCGUUGGCUGUUUCAACCAGGAGAAAAUUACCCAUAGAUCCAUUCUACUAGUUCAAUACUUUUCAGAAAAAAUCCAAAAUGCCCGCUGUUACCGCCGCCUCCACUGCUACCCCUUCCCCCGCCACCCUUAAAGGUGCUGUUGACGGUCAGAUCGACGUCGCCGCUCUCUUCGUUGCCGACAAGGCAACCCGCGAUGCCGCCGCCAAGGCUCUGGCCGGUGCCGCUCAAAACGAAGGCCCUGCUGCCAUCAGUGCCGUUGGCUUCACCGAGGCUGCCAUCAAGGCCCUCGCUGACAAAAAAUCGCCUGCCGCUCGCGAAGGCGCCGCUGAGGCGGUCCUCACCCUCGCACGCACCGGUGCUACCACGGCUCUUGAGCCCACCUUCGUUGACUCCGGCCUCUUCGCCGCCCUCCUUGAGGCUUUCGCUGACAAGGCUCCCGCUGUGCGCACUGCCGCGGUCGAGGCUGUCCGUGAGUAUGCCGCCACCAUGAACCCUUGGGCCACUGCCCUCCUUCUCCCCGCUCUUCUUCACGAGAUCAAGACUGCCGGCAAGUGGCAGAUGAAGACCGGCUCGCUGGUCGUCCUCGACCAGCUCAUUGCCAGCGCACCUGUGCAGACUGCCCGUCUCAUGCCUGACAUUGUCCCCGUCCUUUCCGAUUCGAUCUGGGAUACCAAGGCCGACGUGAAGAAGGCGUCCCGCGAGACGCUUACGAAGGCUACCGCUCUCGUUUCCAACAAGGACAUUGAACGCUUUAUUCCUGCCCUUAUCAAAGCUUUGAUCAACCCGGUCGAAGAGGUCCCUGGCACCAUCCAGCUCCUCUCGGCCACCACGUUCGUUACUGAAGUAGACUCCGCCACCCUCUCGCUCAUGGUCCCCCUGCUUGCUCGUGGUAUCAACGAGAAGCUCACUGCCACCAAGCGCAAGGUCGCUGUCAUCGUCGACAACAUGGCCAAGCUCGUCGACUCCCCUGUCACCGUCCGCCCCUUCCUCCCGAAGCUCCUCCCCAGCCUGCUCAAGGUUGAGUCGAGCAUCGGUGACCCUGAGGCUCGUGGUGUUGUCGGCAAGGCCAUUGCCACCCUCCGCCAGGUCGGAGAGGUCCCCACCGGUGACGGUACCGACCUGCCUCCUCUCAAGUUCGCUGAGGGCCCGCAGCUCGCUUCUUCUCUCGCUUCCAUCUACAAGAAGGCUGGUGCUUCUAUCAACACCUCGGACGUCUCCGUCGCCUACGUCGCUCGUCUGGCUGCUGGCCUCGUCAACGCCAAGAACUUCGACGUCCCUGCCUGGGAGGCUCUUACUCCUUACCUCGCCUUCGUCGCCUCCACCCCCGAGCCCGUCACCGUCGCUCGCGAGUGGGUCGUCAAGUCCGCUACUGAGGACGAUAACGACGAUGUUCCUGAGGACGAGGAGGAGGGUGAGGACCUGUGCAACUGCCAGUUCUCGCUCGCCUAUGGUGCCAAGAUCCUGCUCAAUACCGCUACUCUCCGUCUCAAGCGUGGCCACCGUUACGGUCUCUGCGGUAAGAACGGUACCGGCAAGUCGACGCUCAUGCGUGCCAUCACCAACGGCCAGGUUGAGGGCUUCCCCUCGCCUGACGAGGUCCGCACCUUCUACGUCGAGCACGACAUCGACGGCAGCGAGGAAGACACCUCGGUUUUGCAGUUCAUCCUCUCCGACAAGCGUGUCAAUGCCUCUGAGCAGGAGAUCAUCGAGACUCUCGCCUCCGUCGGCUACGAUGACGAGCGUCAGAAGCAGGCCAUCGGCUCGCUCUCUGGUGGUUGGAAGAUGAAGCUCGCCCUUGCCCGCGCCAUGCUCUUCAAGGCCGACAUUCUCCUCCUCGAUGAGCCCACUAACCACUUGGACGUCAUCAACGUUGCUUGGCUCGAGGCCUACCUCACCAGCCUCACGCACUGCACUUCCAUCAUCGUCUCGCACGACUCUGGCUUCUUGAACAACACCAUCACCGACGUCCUCCACCUCAACCGCUUCAAGGUCAAGCGCUACCGCGGCAACCUCGAGGCCUUUGUCAAGGUCGUCCCUGAGGCCAAGUCGUACUACUCGCUCGAGGCUCUCGAGGACUACCAGUUCAAGCUCCCCGACCCUCCUCUGCUCGACGGUGUCAAGACCAAGGAGAAGUCGCUCCUCAAGAUGCGCAAGGUCGGCUUCCAGUACCCUACGCAGCCCGUCCAGCAGCUCUACGACAUCUCCCUCCAAGUCUCCCUCUCCUCCCGUGUCGCCGUCCUCGGUCCUAACGGCUCUGGCAAGUCUACGCUUGUCAAGCUCCUCAUCGGUGACAUGGAGCCCAACAAGGGUGGUGAGAUCUGGAAGCACCCCAACUUGGUCAUCGGUUACGUCGCCCAGCACGCCUUCCAUCACAUCGACCACCACCUCGACAAGACCCCUCUCGAGUACAUGCUCUGGCGUUACCAGACGGGUGAGGAUCUGGAGGAGAUGACGAAGGCCAGCCGCCAGAUUACCGAGGAGGAAGAGAAGAAGAUGAAGGAGGGCGCCUCCAUCGUCAUCGAGGGCCAGAAGCGCCUCAUCGACGAGAUCAUCGCCCGCAAGAAGCUGAAGCAGUCGUACGAGUACGAGGUCUCGUUUAAGAACAUGUCCUCGUCCGAGAACAUCUGGCUCCCGCGUGACGAGCUCAUCAAGCGUGGCUUCGAGAAGAAGGUCCUUGAGGUCGACACCCGUGAGGCUCAGCGCCUCGGUCUUCUCCGCCCCCUCGUUCGUCGCGAGAUUGAGAAGCACUUCGCGGACUUUGGUCUCGAGCCCGAGUUUGUCUCGCACAACACCAUGCGUGGUCUCUCCGGUGGUCAGAAGGUCAAGAUUGUUCUCGGUGCCGCCACCUGGCGUCGUCCCCACGUCAUCUGCUUGGAUGAGCCUACGAACUACCUCGAUCGCGAGUCGCUCGCUGCUCUCAUCGCAGCGCUCAAGGUGUUCGAGGGCGGUGUCCUCAUCAUCACCCACAACCGGGACUUCUCCGAGUCCAUCUGUUCCGAGGUCUGGGCCAUGCGCGAUGGUCACCUCGAGGCCUCUGGCCACAACUGGGUUGAGGGUCAGGGCUCUGGCGCUCGCAUCGACAAGAAGGACGGCGAGGAGGAGGUCCAGUACGAUGCCAUGGGCAACAAGAUCGACAACAAGAAGCAGAAGAAGCUCACUUCGUCCGAGGCACGCAAGCUCAAGAAGGAGCGCAUGGCACGGAAAAAGCGUGGCGAAGAUGUCACGGAUGACGAGCUCUAAUUUCUGAGCGUCGUUUGUAUUCUUCACGCUUGUUGUCUGUAUUCCCUCGUGUACUCUUGCUUGUUGUCUCGUUAUGUGUUCUUUAGGUCUGGAUUAUGUACCUUACGUCUACUAUCAUAUUCUUCUAAUUGGAUCUUACGCUUUUU